AAGAGCAGCGGCGAGGCGGCGGCUGAGUCGGUGGUGGUAGAGGCGAAAGCGACAGCUCUAGGGGGUGGCAGCGGCCCCGAGAGCAGGAUGCGGGUUCGGGUCGGACUGCUGCUGCUGCUGUGUGCUGUGCUGCUGGGCUCUGCCUCGGCGUCCUCAGAUGAAGAAGGCAGCCAGGAUGAAUCCUUAGAUUCCAAGACUUCUUUGCCAUCAGAUGAGUCGGUAAAGGACCACAGCACAGCAGGCAGAGUAGUCGCUGGUCAGAUAUUUCUUGAUUCAGAAGAAUCAGAAUUAGAAUCACCUAUUCAGGAAGAGGAAGACAGCCUCAGGAGCCAAGAAGGGGAAAGUGUCACAGAAGAAAUCAGCUUUCUAGAAUCUCCAAAUCCAGAAAACAAGGACUAUGAAGAACCAACAAAAGUACAGAAACCAGCUUUGACUGCCAUUGAAGGCACAGCACAUGGGGAGCCCUGCCACUUCCCUUUUCUUUUCCUGGAUAAAGAAUAUGAUGAAUGUACAUCAGAUGGGAGGGAAGAUGGCAGACUGUGGUGUGCUACAACCUAUGACUAUAAAGCAGAUGAAAAGUGGGGCUUUUGUGAAACUGAAGAAGAGGCUGCUAAAAGACGUCAAAUGCAGGAAGCUGAGAUGAUGUACCAGACUGGGAUGAAAAUCCUCAAUGGAAGCAAUAAGAAAAGCCAAAAAAGAGAAGCAUAUCGGUAUCUUCAAAAGGCAGCAGGCAUGAACCAUACCAAGGCCCUGGAGAGAGUGUCCUAUGCUCUUUUGUUUGGUGAUUACCUGACACAGAAUAUCCAGGCAGCCAAAGAGAUGUUUGAGAAAUUGACUGAGGAAGGCUCUCCCAAGGGACAAACUGCUCUUGGCUUUCUCUAUGCCUCUGGACUUGGUGUUAAUUCAAGUCAGGCAAAGGCCCUUGUAUAUUAUACUUUUGGAGCUCUUGGGGGCAACCUCAUAGCCCACAUGGUUUUGGGUUACCGAUACUGGGCUGGCAUUGGAGUCCUCCAGAGUUGUGAGUCUGCGCUGACUCAUUAUCGUCUUGUUGCCAAUCAUGUUGCUAGUGAUAUCUCACUGACAGGAGGCUCAGUGGUACAGAGGAUACGGCUGCCUGAUGAGGUGGAAAAUCCCGGAAUGAACAGUGGAAUGCUAGAAGAAGAUUUGAUUCAGUAUUACCAGUUCCUAGCGGAAAAAGGUGAUGUACAAGCACAGGUUGGUCUCGGACAACUGCAUCUGCAUGGAGGGCGUGGAGUAGAGCAAAAUCAUCAGAGAGCAUUUGACUACUUCAAUUUAGCAGCUAAUGCUGGCAAUUCACAUGCCAUGGCCUUCUUGGGAAAGAUGUACUCAGAGGGCAGUGAUAUUGUACCUCAAAGUAAUGAGACUGCUCUUCACUACUUUAAGAAAGCUGCUGACAUGGGCAACCCAGUUGGACAGAGUGGGCUUGGCAUGGCUUACCUCUAUGGGAGAGGGGUUCAAGUUAAUUAUGAUCUGGCACUGAAGUAUUUCCAGAAAGCUGCUGAACAAGGCUGGGUGGAUGGGCAACUACAGCUUGGCUCUAUGUAUUAUAAUGGUAUUGGAGUCAAGAGGGAUUAUAAGCAGGCCUUGAAGUACUUUAAUUUAGCCUCUCAGGGAGGCCACAUCCUGGCUUUCUAUAACCUGGCACAGAUGCAUGCCAGCGGCACAGGAGUGAUGAGAUCGUGUCACACCGCAGUGGAGUUGUUUAAGAAUGUAUGUGAACGAGGCCGCUGGUCCGAGAGGCUUAUGACUGCCUAUAACAGCUAUAAAGAUGGCGACUACAAUGCGGCCGUGAUCCAGUACCUCCUGCUGGCCGAACAAGGCUACGAAGUGGCACAAAGCAAUGCAGCCUUCAUUCUCGAUCAGAGAGAAGCAACCAUCGUCGGGGAGAAUGAAACUUACCCCAGAGCUUUGCUGCACUGGAACAGGGCUGCCUCUCAAGGCUAUACUGUGGCUAGAAUUAAACUUGGAGACUACCAUUUCUAUGGAUUUGGCACUGACGUUGAUUACGAGACUGCAUUUAUUCAUUAUCGUCUGGCAUCUGAGCAGCAACACAGUGCACAAGCUAUGUUUAAUCUGGGGUACAUGCAUGAGAAAGGACUAGGCAUUAAACAGGAUAUUCACCUUGCAAAACGUUUUUAUGACAUGGCAGCGGAAGCCAGCCCAGAUGCACAAGUCCCAGUCUUCCUAGCACUCUGCAAAUUAGGCGUUGUGUAUUUCUUGCAGUACAUACGGGAAACAAAUAUUCGAGAUGUAUUCACCCAACUUGAUAUGGACCAGCUUUUGGGACCUGAGUGGGACCUUUACCUCAUGACCAUCAUCGCGUUGCUGUUGGGAACAGUUAUAGCUUACAGGCAGAGGCAGCACCAAGAUCUGCCUGUACCCAGGCCUCCAGGGCCACGACCAGUGCCACCACAGCAGGAGGGCCCCCCAGAGCAACAGCCGCCACAGUAACAGCCACUGUGUCCAGCCUUGAUCAGUGACAACCAAGGAAACUGUUUGCUGAGAACAUUUGCGUUUGAUUUAGGACUUUGGAUCAGUGGCCACCUCCUGGAAGAGGCACAAGGAAGCAUUGAAUUCCUAAAGCUGCUUAGAAUCCGAUGCCUUUAUUUUCAGGGAUAAGUAACUCUUACCUAAACUAAGUUGAAUGUUUGUUUCAGUGCCGUAUGGAAUAACAACUCUCAGUGGCUUCCCCUUUUUUUUUUCCCCUCUCCCCCUGGAAACAUGUGUGAGACACUCAAAGUAAUGUCUGCUGUAUCCAGCUCUCUUUCUUGGGUCCUUUUGGUCGUUCUCUCAAUGUGCAUAAUUUCUUCUAUCAACCAUCUUUAAGGUCUCAUGCAUCGACACUAAAAACUGAUCAAUGUAAAAAGGAAAACCCAGUCUGUUGCAAGUUUAACCUUAACAUAUUUGAAAGUCUGAAAAUAGAACUUACCUUUUAAGUAAAGAAAAAAUAGUCUUCAAAGUGUUUCAAAACUACAAUAACAGAAACUUCUACCGAGCCACACGCAAGUCGACAUAUUCCACAUAUUUGUUAUUUUAAAAGGGCAGGUUGGGAGGUUUCUUAUUACUGGUAUUUGUCAUACUUUGUACCAUGCUUCUCUCCUUCAGAGACUGAAAGGCCUUGUUAGAGUUUGAUGUGAACUUCACUUCUUUGAAACGGAAUAUAUAUAAAAAAUUGUGAACUGACUCCUUGAGCCAGCAUGUGAAUUUGCCCCACCUACUCAGUAUAAUUUGCUUGUUUGUUUUGAGUAUACAGAGCCUUAAUCUGGAAGUCAGGAUAGAGUAGGUGGGAGAAAUCAGAAAACAAUAUUAAAGAACUCUGGGUGGGGUAGUAAAUCAGAGACACACUUUCCCCAAAGUUGAAGCAUUUGUUCCCAGGAUUUAUUUUACUUUGCAUUUCUUAUUGCAAAAGAACAGAAUCACCCUCCUGAAUUCUUUAAAUAUGAAAUAUUAUUGCCAAGAUGUGGCAUACAGUGACUACCACUAUAAUACUGAAACUCAGAGAAUCUAAGAUGCAUUAAACUCAGCGGUUGCUAAGCUCUCACAUUCACCAGCCGCCCCUGGUAACGUUCAGAAAAUCAAGGCUGUUACACUUCAGAAUUGUCAGGUUAAAUUGUAUGGAAAACGAAAACAACAACAAAGACAAAUGAGAACUUCAUAAAUCAUACAAAUGGAAAAGUUGAAACGUAAACCGAAUGGUGUUUCUUUUUAUUGUCAGAUGGUGGUAUUCACCAGCCUGUAUCCAGUCGGAGACUAUGUUAGUAUCUGAGCAGGCUUAUAUGCUUACUGACCUCAGUCUGUUUAUAUCAACCUCUAUACUCUUUUCCCAUAACCCCUCAUCUGCCAGAAGACUUGAAGAGUUUAUUACCUGUAGAGUUGUAAGACUGGUUUUUGAAGUUGGGAUUGUAUUUAGAACUAGAUUUAAUUAGUCUAUAAUGAACAUGAAGGCUUUAAAUGUGAAAUUGUAUGCUUUUUUGGUUUAGAGUAUUAUGAGAAGCCUGGUCAGGAAACUUUACUCCUAGAUAAUUGCUGCCAAAUUUGCAGGGGUGGUCACGGAGAGAACCAUGUGGAUAAAAGCAUAUCUGAAAGGUAGGAAAUUCUACCCUCCAAAGUGUAAUGUCGCUUGGGGUAGCUCUUGUCAAUAUUCAGACUGAUUUGAUCUCUUACACUGAGAGACGUGAGUGCAGUUGGUACGAUAUACUGGCGUCCCCACCACUGCCUCAUCUCCCUGCCCUUCAGAAUAAGUCUGAUCCACGGCAGCAGCCACGCUUCAUUUCGAAGGAACUGUUGUACUUUAUUUAAAAGUUUAAAAACCCUUUAAGAUGACUAAACUUCCUUUUUUUCCCUCCCCUGUCCACCUAAUUUCUCCUUUAGCAACAUUUUUAUCUCUAUCUUUACUUCCCUCCAUUAGUACUUGGAAAACACAUUUCCUGAAAUCUUUCCCCACCUAAAGCUAGAUGGGAAAGCGCAGUCUUGUUGUUCAUGCAGUUGCAGACUUCCUGUUGGUUUACCACUCGCCAUGUCCUUUUUAUUAUUAAUAUUCCAAAUAGCUUUUUCUUGGCUUUUUUCCACCUCCUGUUUUAUCCUGGGUCAUUUGCUACUAGAAAUUUGAAUGGUAUAUUUCAAAUAACUUAGUUCCUAUGGCUUCAUGACUUCAGUCCUCAUGCUCACUCACAAUGCUUUGCUCCCUUUUUCUGUUCAUGGGACAUGAUAGCAAAUAGGAACUGGGUUUGGUGUUUCUCUUAAAAUAAUGCUCAAUACUUACCUAAUCAAAUGGCAUCCAUUUGAAUAAAAUGACAAUAACUAAAGCUAGUUAAUGUCAGUGACAUUAAACUAACUCCAGGAUUCAGGAGUUUUAAUGUUAGAAUUUAGAGUUCGCAGAUAGAGUGCGGCUUCAUUUCUCCAUGGUGGCCCGUCUCUCCUGAUCCCUUUUAUAGUCUGUCUUCCUGCCUCAAAGCUGACGACAGCAGUACUCUCUCAGCUGCUGUUCUCUUGUGCGUUUGGUUUAUUGGUUAGCUGUUUCAGGGUCUUGAGAAUAUCUGUUUGGCUUCUCUUUUAUGUUACAAAGGUAGCAUUGGUCUUGGGGUUUUUUUUCUUUUUGUGUUUGCAGUUUCUUUUUCUAUUUUCUGAGUAAAGCUUAUCUUAUUUUUGGUUAAUAUUCAAUGGCACAGAAAAAGUACAUCAAAAACCACCUUUUUUUCCAAAAUUCAUUAGUUAGCACUUCUGUGAGAAUAACUUGUGAAUCGUUAACAGUAAUACUCUUGAGGAUUUGUUACCCUUGUGCAUAUAAGUUAAUUUGUGAGUUUUACUGCUUAGCUGGUUUUUUCUGUGUACCAUUGGGAAGUUUUAGAAACUUCUGCCCAUAAUCUGGCGAUGAUCUGAUUCUGAUGCUUUAUAAAUAAGGAGCUGCUGUUGCCUCCAGGAAACUAUUUUGUCUAGGUUUUCUUUUUGUUUUUUCUGCUUUGUUUUCCCCUCCUUUCUGUGCUCCUCAUGUUUGUUCUUCAAAGCAGCGUCUUGGAGGUAUGCAUGCAAGCCUAUAAAUGAAGACCACAACUCUUCACGUGUGUAGCAUGUGUAUUAUUGUCUAGCUACAUCUGCAAAAACCUUCCUUUACAGAGGUUUGGACUGACGUUUCACAUGCACAUUUCAAAACAAAUGCUUCAGUAAACAGCCCCUUUACCUGCCAAGAAGAGCAACGUGGGCUACAUUUGUCCCAACGACAGCUAGUAUUUGUUUUGAAAGUGAAUUUAAUCUGUUACACAAUAUUAUGACUAGAAGUGUGCAAGAAAUAAAGCAAAAGGAACUUCUGAAUUCAUGAAAAUAUUUUUCACGAGUCAUUGCUCUCAAAGGAAAAUAUAAAAUUUCUGAAUAUCAUAUUGUCUGAGGCACUACCUGAUUUCUGAAUGUGUAUUAGGCAUUGACAAGAAGCUAAAUUUCUCCUUCCGGUUGGUAUUUCAAGAAAAGUGGAAAUACCCCAAGUAAAAAUGUUUUAUUUUUUAAAGUGACUAUUUGCACAAGUAAAAAUCCAAUUUUGUGUGCAUGACAAGAAUGUCUUGGUUAUGUGCAGGGAGUCAUCUCACAUGCACUGUUUUUCCUAUUAGGAAUGACAAGCAAGCUGACACUAUUGUCUUUGAUUUAAAAAAAAAAAUCAUAAUGUUGAUAUGAUCAAGGUGUAACCACUAUCAAUAUUUAGUAGAAGUUUAAAAAGCCCAUAAACUGGCAUUGGAAGGAACACCACGGUAGACUUUUGUAAAUUUAUUUUGUAUGUAAUUAAAUGCAGUAUAAAGGCUGGUGAAGUGUAAUAUAAUUGUGUAAACAAAUUCUGUUAAUAGAGAGAUGUACAGAUUCAUUUUGUACUGUAUCUUGAAACUUGUGAAAUAAAGAUUCCACCUCUG